GGUCAGAACAGUAGAAUGACAUCCUACAUUUCCAACAGUUCUAUUUAUUUGGACACCUGACAUGUUAAUCUACACCCUCCACAAGUCAUUCUGACCAAGAAGGCUUAACAAAAUGCACUCUCUCCGGUUGUGUGUUGACUCCCUCGUCUGUCACCAGGUGGCGGAGAGAGUCUGUGAUUGGCACAAUGCAGUGCAUCAGUGUUCCUUCACUGCAUCCUUUUCAUAGUUGUAUAGGAGCGUAGAGAGCACCGCUUCACUCCGAGUGGUGCUGCUUUGAAUCUUGCUGACCUGGGCUCCCUAUGCCAGUCCAGGCAGAGUAAUGAAAUUCCACCCUCUUGGCUCCGACGACAAAGGUAUUUCUAUGAGCCCAUCAGAUGGUCUGAUCACACUGCAGCUGCAGCUUUCUUUUUCUUCUCUUCUUCCAUAAUCUGGGGCUGUCAUGGCGACUCCCAACAAUAUUACUGCCACAAACUGCAGCUGGUGGCCCAUUUCAGCGCUGGAGAAUGAUGCAGGCAAAUCCAUGGGGGUUGAGGAGAAUCAGGAUCCGACACACCCUGCCUUCAGGUCCAAGGACAGGCUGGUUCUGUAUCACUGGACCCAAUCCUUCAGCUCACAGAAGGUCCGACUGGUCAUUGCAGAAAAAGGGAUACCUUGUGAGGAACGAGAUGUGAGUAUGCCCUUGACUGAGCACAAAGAACCUUGGUUUAUGCGCCUCAAUCUUGGGGAAGAAGUACCUGUCAUCAUCCAUGGAGAUAACAUAAUCAGUGAUUACAAUCAAAUAAUUGACUACAUGGAGAAAAACUUCACAGGAGAGCACGUCAUCCAGCUAGUUCCUGAGAACGGAAGCCUCCUUCAUUCACGAGUAAUGCAGUAUAGAGAAAUCCUAGAUUCCUUGCCCAUGGAUGCCUACACUCAUGGAUGUAUUCUUCACCCAGAACUCACCACAGACUCCAUGAUUCCAAAGUAUGCUACAGCUGAGAUUCGCAGACAUUUAGUUAAUGCCAGCUCAGAUCUGAUGAAGUUGGAUCAUGAUGAUGAUGAUGAGGCACAACUAACGGAACCAUACCUUUCCAAACAGAAGAAACUUAUGGCCAAAAUUCUGGAGCAUGACAAUGUGAACUAUCUGAAGAAAAUCCUGGGAGAUCUGGGAAUGGUGCUAGAUCAAAUUGAAGCUGAACUGGAGAAGAGAAAAAUUGAAUAUCAAGGGCAGAAAUGUGAACUCUGGCUUUGUGGAUGUGCAUUUACCUUGGCUGAUGUUUUGCUGGGAGCCACAUUACACCGCCUCAAGUUCCUAGGACUCUCAAAGAAAUACUGGGAAGAUGGCAGCAGACCCAACCUACAGAACUUCUUUGAAAGGAUACAAAAACGUUUUGCCUUCAGGAAAGUCUUGGGGGACAUCCAUACUACUCUCCUCUCAGCGGUGGUACCCAAUGCAUUCAGGCUGGUCAAACGGAAACCUCCAUCCUUUUUUGGGGCCUCCUUCCUCAUGGGAUCUCUAGGGGGGAUGGGAUAUUUUGCUUAUUGGUAUCUAAAGAAAAAAUAUAUCUAGUGCCGGCUGUUUUGUUGUUUAGUUUGAUGUCUCUGUGCUGUGUGAAACUAUGAUGAAUCUUCAGUAACUAUAAUGAAAUUUGAAACCAAUAUGAAUAACUAUACUGUUAAUGUAACAUUCCAUAGUCUAGAAGUAGGAAACCUAAACUGCAAGGACGCAAGUCAACAAAAAUAUUCAACUUGUACAAUGCCUUUUUGUAGGUGUCAGUAUUACAAAUCUAUAAAUCGUGGGGUAUGUUUAUAUACCCGCUGUGGAACAAAACAGCCUUUUAGCACAGUCAAGCACCAUCAGGAAACAACUAGCAAAUGAAUUACAAAACUGAGAGAUGGGAUUCCCUGUGGCACUUCUAAAUUUUUCCACAAGUUUUUCAAUCACAUAGCACAUUCUUUCCCUUACAGAUGCAAAUAACAAGGACUUUUCUAUAAACUGUUUUUGUGUUGUGCUUAAAAAAGGAUUAAAAACAAAUAGAACAUAUGCAGUGAGUUGGAUCACAAUAGUUUGUGAAGUUUUAGCAUAAAAUGAUGAGUUUUUUUCUUUGUAUUUUCAAUUUGUUUGGAUCAGGUUUUUUUCAAUUAACUUGCAUUUAACUAUAAUUCUCUUUAUUUUUUUUACAAUUUUUAAUUGUCUUAUAGUUUUCUCUGAUUACGGCACUUAAUUUCACAGAUGAAAUUCUGAUUCAUCAAGGAGUUUGUCUCCAGCUUGUUUCCAUGAAUUUGCCAAGUGUCUUUCACCAAUGGAACCUUUGUGGACUCUUAAGAACGUAACUGUUUUCAUUAGUUCUAAAUAAUUUUCAAGAAAUUUGACCCCCCCACACUCCUUUUUGGGGACUUUUUCCUCAGUUAUUUUUCUUGUUGUGUAUUUUUAUUAGAAAACACUUUGCACAAAAAAAAUCAUAUUUCUCACUUUAUUGUGCCUUUUGCAUGUUGGAAAGAAUAAUAAGCAUCAAUGCUAUUCAUGCUUACAAUACUUCUGAGAACUCAAAUAAAUCAUAUCGGAAGAGUAACAGCUUUACAUUUCUAAAUGUGGUCUAUAUCAGUUGAUUCAUUUCCAAAAAUAAAUUAUGUAUACAUGUGCAGUAAUGACAUUCUGCACUUUGUCAGAAGAGUUUAUUCUUCUUAAAUAAGUAAUACAGAGUAAAGGUUUUUUUUUAAAUUUUAUAAAGUGACUGUUUAAAAAGUACUGAAAAUAGCAGCAUAAAUGAACAAUCAUGAACCCAAAAUUAAAUCUUGACCAUGUGUACUGUCACUUAGGUUCUGUAAUUUAGCAAAUACAUUUUAGGAAUACAAAACACAGUUCUAGAUAAAAUAGCUAACUUGUUUUCAAAUUGUUUUUUGGAUUAUUAUGUUUGACCUCAAGAAAGUCAGACUUGAUCCAAAUAACUGACAAGGGCAGCCUCUGCAUGUAUAGGUAUUGCCCAUCUAAUAUGGUGCACACCAAAUUAAAGGCCAUAUCAUUUGGGUUUCAUGCCAUAUAGC